AAUAUAAUUAUAUAUUCAGUGUGUAUCACAUGUAUCAGUUGCACAAUUUUUAACCACGGGAAAACCAAUAUGAUUAUACUACUUUAUCAAAAGGACUUUUAUACAUGUAACUAUCAUUUCUAGUGAAAAUGGCAUUCACAUAAGCGUGGUAAGCAAGUUUGAUUUCAUUACUCAAGCGGAUUGCACAAUGCAUUUGAAUGUCACGUGGGAAACGAGUACAAACAUCGUUGGAAUACUUGGACGAAAUAUUUCUGAAUAUAUAAGAAAUGCAACAGAAAAUGCGUCUUUUCUGACCUUGGAUGUAUAUAACGAUUUAGUUUUUCAAAACAAUCUUCUGUUAUCGUUUAUUUAUAUUCUUCUAUUAAUGAUUAUUGGAAUUUCGGGAAACUUACUCGUUUGUUAUAUAUAUAUAUUUUAUCAGAAAAAAUCCCAAAGUACGACAAGAAGCUUCCAAGGGAGAAAUAAAUCUUCAAAAUUGAAAACAACGGACAUCUUCAUCAUUUCUCUAGCAUGUUUUGAUUUAAUCAGCUGUUUGAUAGCUAUGCCAAUGGAAUUGACCUUGCUACGAAAUUUCUUGACCUUUGAUCAUCCAUUGUUAUGUAAACUUUCCAGAGCUGUUUCUAUGUUUUGUACAAUAUCAACGUCAUUUGUUCUGCUAGCAAUUGCGGUGUCCCGAUUUGUAGGAAUAAGAUUACGCUCGAUAAACAUUAAAAUCACAACAUUUCAUGCUAAAAUAAUAGUGAUUGUUUCCGUUCUUUUCGCCGUAGCACUGUCAUCUCCCGUAUUGGUCCUUUAUGGGACAUAUACAUUUCCUUUAACCGUUGGGGUAUCAGCGAGUACUUGUUUGAUUACCAACGAAUAUGCAGAAACAGAUUAUCCAUUUAUAACAAUAGUUUGCUUAUCUGCUUUUCACUUGUUUUUUGAUAUUUUGUUUAUAACUUUUUAUGGACUAAUCAGUGGAAAAGUAGUCCGCAAUAAGCGUACAUUUUCAACAAUAAUCAGAAAUAACAGUUCUAACCGCUCACAGGGACAAUCGAUCGAAUCGAAAACGAAUUCGCUAGUUUUAUCCAAUGAAGGGAACCAGAAUGAAAACGUAUCACUUACAAAUACUGCAUCCGACAAAACCAAGUGCGAUGAUGUGUUCUUAAAUCACAUCGGUGAAGAUAGCAAUGAAAAUGGUCAACAGUGCCCUGCUCUGAACAAAAGAAUGAUUAAACCAAUAAAGAUAAACAAAAGAAAGAAAUCCUCAAGUACAUCCACUGGGUUCUCUAGGCGUAGCUGUAAAUCAUUGCGCAAAGGCAGUUCAUAUUCCAAUGAAACAAACGUUCAUGGAAGGACUUAUAAAGCAAGCCGGACUACUUUUAUGCUAUUCAUAGUAACGCUGGCUUUUAUGGUGACAUUUGCGCCGUAUUGCAUUGUGGCUUUGUUAAGGAACUUGGAAGGUGUUGGAUAUUAUUCUAAAUUGACAGACAUUCAAAAGACUGUGUAUCAACUUUUCUUGAGAUCUUAUUUUCUUAGCAGUGCAAUCAAUCCAAUUAUAUACAGCUUUCUCAAUCAGUCGUUUAAGAGUCGAAGUAAAACCAUACUUAAAAAGAUUUUUAACAGUAUGUUAUGUCUAAAACAAUAAAAUGAAUUUUUAAGGAGACUAGUGCAUAUUUUUGCGAUAGAACAAGAGCAGAAAAACUAAUUAUUAUUAAUAAAUAAAAUUGUGCAUGUAUUA